UAUUUUAAAAAUUGAAUGGAGCAGUUGCUUAAGCGUCUAAGAAACUAUCUCCUCAUCACAGCUUCCAUACAGCUUUCUCUGAUCAGAUUGGCAGGAAGAAGGGUUCAGAACAUGGAGAACUGGAGAGCUACCACUCGCCUACUGAAUUGGUGCUCGAAGAAACUAUUUGAUCGUCGAUCAAGCCCUAAUUACCUCAAUUCUACUCGCUGCCGAGCUUCAGGUUGUAUUUAUCAUUUUGACAAAACAUGUACAUCACUAAAUCCUUAUGUUGUGAAUUACCAAGAAAACAUUCAUACACAUUGUCAUUCAGUAUCUUCCCUUAGUACAAACUGUUGGAACAGGGGCAGUGCCCACUCUAGACGUUUUUCUUCAGACUCCACUGUGAUCCAGAGGAACCCAAAAUUUUCAACAAUCAACCCAGAUGAUAUUAGCUAUUUCAAGAAGAUAUUAGGUGAAAGAGGUGUGGUUGAAGAUGAGGACACUCUUAAUGCUGUAAACAUGGACUGGAUGCGAAAAUACAAGGGUGCAAGUAAGCUUAUGCUCCAACCUAGAAGUACAGAGGAGGUAUCUCAGAUUCUUAAACAUUGCAAUUCCAGAUGCCUUGCUGUUGUUCCUCAAGGUGGAAAUACAGGUCUUGUGGGAGGGAGUGUUCCUGUGUUUGAUGAGGUGAUUAUCAAUCUUGGUUCAAUGAAUAAAAUAAUUUCCUUUGACAAGGUUAGUGGUAUACUGGUAUGUGAAGCAGGCUGCAUUUUGGAAAACCUGAUUUCUUUCCUGGAUAACCAAAGGUUUAUUAUGCCACUAGACCUAGGGGCUAAGGGAAGCUGCCAAAUUGGUGGAAAUGUCUCGACUAAUGCUGGUGGAUUGCGACUUCUCCGAUAUGGUUCACUCCAUGGGAAUGUUCUUGGUGUUGAAGCUGUUUUAGCAAAUGGCACCGUGCUUGACAUGCUUGGGACUUUACGAAAAGAUAAUACUGGAUAUGACUUGAAGCAUUUAUUUAUAGGAAGCGAAGGAUCCCUUGGGAUCAUAACAAAGGUUUCCGUACUUACUCCUCCGAAGUUGUCUUCAGUAAAUUUAUGUUUUCUUGCUUGCAACGAUUAUGCGAGCUGCCAGAAACUCUUGUUGGAAGCAAAAACAAAGCUUGGGGAAAUUCUUUCUGCAUUUGAAUUCUUGGAUGCCAAUGCAAUGGAUCUGGUUCUGAAACAUUUAGAAGGUGUUCGUAAUCCAUUACCAUCCUCUAUACCCAACUUCUAUGUCCUGAUAGAGACAACGGGGAGCAAUGAAACUUAUGACAAGGAGAGAUUGGAGGCCUUCCUGCUGCAUUCAAUGGAAACUGGCUUGAUAACUGAUGGAGUUGUUGCGCAAGAUAUAAAUCAAGCAUCAUCAUGUUGGCAUAUUCGCGAGGGUAUACCUGAAGCUUUGAUGAAAGCCGGAGCUGUAUACAAAUAUGAUUUGUCAAUACCUGUUGAAAAGAUGUAUGAUCUAGUUGAGGAAAUGCGAACACGUCUAGAUGCUAAAGCUAAAGUAGUAGCAUAUGGUCACCUUGGAGAUGGAAACUUGCAUCUAAAUAUAUCUGCACCACAGUAUGAUGAUAAUCUUUUAUCACAAAUCGAACCUUUUGUUUAUGAGUGGACAUCUAAGCAUCAUGGAAGCAUCAGUGCUGAACAUGGGCUUGGACUGAUGAAGGCCAAUAAAAUCUAUUACAGCAAGUCUCCUGAAACUGUGCAACUAAUGGCUUCUGUCAAGAGGUUGCUUGACCCUAAUGGAAUUCUCAAUCCAUAUAAAGUUCUGCCAUCUUCCUUUUCCAUUCAACAGUGAGGUAACCAAGUAGAAUCACCUCCAAUACUGAUGUAACGGGCGCUAUGGUCUUUCACCAAGGCAAAGCUGGCAGGGUUAAUUUAUGCAUCUUGGGAACACUCGCCUUUCAGAGGUGAUGUUUAUAUUAAAAGGUUCCAUAUUGCACAUACAUCCAUGUUAAUCUUGCGGAAAACCUUCAUUUGUAUAUUGACACAUGAAUAUAUUAAAUAAACUAUGAAUCUAUCCUGCUAGCUUUGCCUUGCCCUUUCAAAA